AUGUAUCUCGUUCAGCUUGCCAUUGAAUAUGGCGCACCUCUCUUCCUCGUCUCGUCUCCUAUUACCUCUUAUGCCGACCAGAUUCUUGCUAUUCACCGAAGUAGAAGCUCGGCUGGCUUCUCCCUAGAUAUUCCACUCAUCAUGCUUGUGGCGUCAAUCCUCAAGGUCUUUUACUGGUUCGGGGAAUACUAUUCGAAGGCGUUAUUCACGCAGGCCAUUGUCAUGAUUGUAGUGCAGCUCACUCUGUUGAAGGUUGCUUUGGAUAACCGGCCAGCCUCCGGCGCGAAAAAUGGAAUUGAGCAUGCGCCCUUCAGCGGUUCGAGCUCGGGUGGCUUCUCGCGACCCUACGAGUUCUGGCAAUGGAAGGCUAGCAACCCAUACUGGAUGUUCUUGGGCUAUUUUGUUGUAAUACUAUUCGUGCUACACCUCACCCCGAUCUCCGCCUCUCAAGACUACAUUGCACUUUUGGGCUAUGUUGGUCUCGCUGUUGAGGCCAUUCUCCCUGUCCCUCAGAUUUUGGCCAACCAGCGGUCUGGUUCCUGUAAGGGAUUCCGGGUGUCUGUUCUUGCGUCCUGGAUUCUGGGCGACGUGAUGAAGAUGAGCUAUUUCUUUUAUGGCCAGGGGGACAUCCCAUGGUCUUUCAAGAUGUGCGGCAUGUUCCAGUUCAUCCGUAUCGGCUAUGUGCCUGAGCACUAUCUUACACCCCUCCAUCUCGCCCUACGCAGUCCCGCAGUAUCUUCGCUUCCAUUCAAGAUCGAUCUGACUCCGUUCCCGUCCGGCACGGGCCAUAUGAUCACUUCUCUACGCGGCAAUGAGAUCGAUAUCGGCAUUGGUCUGACUGAAGGCUGGGUAGCUGGUCUGGCUGGAAAGCAGCAGGUCCAGAAUGUUGACGGAGGAUACAAGGUUGUCGGCCACUGGGUAGACAACCCUUUGCGCUGGGCAAUUGUCACAGGUAACGAACGCAAGGAACUCACUGGAGUGCAAGAUCUUGGCGGCAAGAGAGUUGGAGUUAGCCGAUUGGGCAGUGGCUCGCACAUCAUGUCAUUUGUCCUGGCUCAACAACAAGGCUGGAAGUCCGACUCAUUGACUACCGUUCCUCUUGGACCUUUCGGGGCUUUGCGCGACGGAGUGACUGGCCAGGGUGGAUCUUUGGACCCAGCGGCUGAAUUCUUCAUGUGGGAACAUUUUACCACGAAGCCUUACUUCCACCCAACGACUAAGAAGCCAAGUCCCCCUCUGAAAAAAAUUGGAGAGAUAUUCACGCCCUGGCCAUCAUGGAUGAUUGUGGCAUCCACGUCCUACUUCCCCGACCCGGAAAAGGAUGAGAAGCUGGAGCAGUUGUUCAAGGCUCUAGAUCAAGGAAUUAAGGACUUUGAAGCUGAUACCGCCCAGGUCGUGAAGCUGCUAGGUACAGGCGAGCUGGGCUGCAACUACAUCGAAGAAGAUGCAAUUGAGUGGCUCAAGGAUGUGAAGUUUACAGGGACCACCCGAGGAGUCGAUAGCAAGGUUAUCACUGGAGUUGUGGAUGUCCUCAAGGUGGCAGAUGUUAUUGAUUCGGCCAUGGACAAUACUGAGGCUAUUCAACGAGUCAUUGGAAUCUCGAGAUAA